AUGGCAUCCGAUGAUCUGAUCUCGGCGUCGAAGAUGGCAUCGGGAGGAGACCGGCUGAGCGCUCUGCCCGACAAGGCGCUCGUGCGCGUCCUCUCCCACCUCGUGACCGACGAGGCCGUGCGCACCAGCGCGCUCUCCAGCCGGUGGCGCUACGUCCACGAGGGCGUCCCCGUCGUCCACCUCGUCGACACCAAGACAGGCGGGCGGGCCGACCGCAUGGCCGACCUCAAGGUCUGCUUCGACCACCAGGUGGCGUGCGCGAUCCUCGGCAAGGGGGCGGAGACGCCGAUCCGCGUCCUCCGUCUCGGCGGCGUCCUACACGUCCCGUACGACCUGCUCGACCAGUGGAUCGCCACCGCCGUCGCCUCCGGCGUCGAGGACCUCGACAUCGAUCUCAGGUACGACGAGGCCGCCCCGGGCCCGCUCUGCCCGUUCCGCCGAUCGCCGGACCAAGACGAUUCCUGGAUGUACACCGUAACGCCGCGCCAAACCUUCCGCUGCCGCACGCUCCGCCGCCUGCGCCUGUCGUGCUGGGCGCUCGACCUGCCGGGCAGCGUGGACAUGGCGUCGCUGGAGACGCUCCACCUCGACAGGGUCACGGCCCGAGACGGGCUGCUGCAGCAGCUGCUCUCGAGCUGCCCGCGCCUCGCCGACCUGAGGAGUGCGCGAGCGUCAAGGAGCUCGCGGUGA